GACGGAUGGAUGAUAGGACCUGAUCGGCAACUCCUGUUCUGGGUACCACCCGGUCUCCGAGAGCCAUUUUAUACACCCAGGACUGCUUUGGUGCUACCCAAAGGAAAUGUUGAGCUUGAUUUGAGCCGCAUGGCACAUGGAGAACGCUGGAGUGAUUGCCGAUCGAGAUGA